AUUAAGAUAUUGAUUGUUACAAAAUUAAAGUAAAUGUUUGACAUUAAUAAUGGGUAUUAAUAUUUCCGUUACUUUAUGCAAAUAAACGUAGUUACUGGCCAGAAAUGCUUGUAACUAUCGAUCGGUGCGGAUGUAAACAUGUACUCAGAUACCAUGGAACAAUAUGGCUUUGUUAGAAGAGAUGUCAACAGUUCGGUGUAUAAAGCAGUAUCAAAAUAUCUCCUGGAAGAGAGAGGGAAUGACUGGAAAAAGCUUCCUUCAAAUUCUGUUUCUUUCCACUUGAUGUUUGGAGAAAGGAAUAAACUUCCUUUUGGUAGACUUGGUCAUGAUCCAGGAAAAGUUCAACUUGUCAACUAUUAUAGAGGCUCUGAUAUCCUCUGUAGAAAAACAGCAUUAGUGAAAGUGUUUAAAGAAUACUGUAGUGUAGUCAAAUACAGCUAUCCAAAAUGGUUGCCCCAAUCAUUCCGAAUAGUUCCGAAGAAUGUUGUGCAUACAAGUUUACGUAACUCGUCAGUUUUAGUACGAGGGGAGAAGCCAGAUGACCGAGGUGAGUUGUUGGAGGCUUACACUCAAAUGGUAAAGGAAGAAGAAUCUGUGAUAUGGAUAGCCAAACAUACUGCAGGAGCCAAGGGGGAUGGAAUUAUGAUAUCAGACGAUGUACAUGCCUUACUACAUUAUGUAGAUGAUCAGAGUAAAGCAUUUGUUAUACAGAGAUAUAUCAAUAAUCCAUUUCUACUAGAAGGUGGCAGAAAAUUUGACAUCAGGAGCUGGGUACUACUAGAUUCCAAUUUUAAUGUAUAUUUGUUUAGAGAAGGUGUUUUAAGAACUUCCUCUGAAUCCUAUGACCCUGAUGACCUUUCAAAGGUCACAAGUCACCUGACUAAUCAUUGCCUACAGGAGGAAAGGUCAUCAAACUUUGGUCUGUAUGAAGAUGGGAAUGAAAUGUUCUUUGAUCAGUUUAACAGAUAUUUAAUGGAUACACAUGGCACUACAAUGGAAGCAUCUAUUAUACCACAAAUCAAGGACAUUGUGAAAAGAUGUUUCUUUCUUGUUAAAGAGAAAAUAAAUACAAAGGGUCUGGGAUAUGUGUGUUUUCAGUUGUUUGGAUUUGAUUUCUUGCUAGAUGACAACAUGAAAGUUUGGUUGAUAGAGGUGAACGGAGCUCCAGCAUGUGCCCAGCACCUGUUACCACACAUGGCUCGAAGUAUUGUCCAAACAGCAAUAGAUCCUAUAUUUCCACCAAGAAAGCCAAGAAAAGGGGAUACAUGGUUCACCAAGAUCUCUUGAUGUACUCUUGUUGCCAUGGAAACAUUAUACUAUAUAAUGUCAUGUUAUGUUAUAGGGAUUUAGGGGAGUCUUUUAUGUUUAAUGUGCAAUUUUUUUUCAUCUGUUAUCUUUGUUUAUUUGAGCCUCGUCAUGACAAAACCAACAUAAUGGGUUUGCGACCAGCAUGGAUCCAG